GGAGGGACUGUGCCCGGUGCCUCCGGAAUUGCAGCGCCAGACUUGGCCCUGCAGCCUCGCAGGUCGCCCCUCGCCUCGGAGGGAGGCCGAGCCGGGGCCCCUGCGUCCCGCCUGGCCCGCGCUACUCGCAGCCCGCCGGCCCCCCAGCUGCGAUGAGCUUCUUCGGCUUCGGGCAGAGCGUGGAGGUGGACAUCCUGCUGAACGAUGCGGACAGCAGGAAGCGGGCCGAGCACAAGACGGAGGACGGCAAGAAGGAGAAGUAUUUCCUCUUCUACGACGGCGAGACGGUGUCCGGGAAGGUGAGCCUGGCGCUCAAGAACCCCAACAAGCGGCUGGAGCACCAGGGCAUCAAGGUCGAGUUCAUCGGGCAGAUCGAGCUCUACUAUGAUCGUGGAAACCACCAUGAGUUUGUGUCGCUGGUGAAGGACCUGGCCCGGCCUGGGGAGAUCACGCAGUCGCAGACCUUCGACUUUGAGUUCACGCAUGUGGAGAAGCCAUAUGAGUCCUACACAGGGCAGAACGUGAAACUGCGCUAUUUCCUGCGGGCUACCAUCAGCCGCCGCCUCAAUGAUGUGGUUAAGGAGAUGGACAUCGUGGUGCACACGCUCAGUACGUACCCGGAGCUGAACUCCUCCAUAAAGAUGGAGGUGGGCAUCGAGGACUGUCUGCACAUCGAGUUCGAAUACAACAAGUCCAAGUACCAUUUAAAGGACGUCAUCGUGGGGAAGAUCUACUUCCUGCUGGUGAGAAUCAAAAUCAAGCACAUGGAGAUCGACAUCAUCAAGCGGGAGACAACAGGCACAGGCCCCAAUGUGUACCAUGAGAAUGACACCAUCGCCAAGUAUGAGAUCAUGGAUGGGGCACCUGUGCGAGGUGAGUCCAUCCCCAUCCGGCUCUUCUUGGCGGGUUACGAGCUCACCCCCACCAUGCGGGAUAUCAACAAGAAGUUCUCGGUGCGCUACUACCUCAACCUGGUGCUGAUCGAUGACGAGGAGAGACGCUAUUUCAAGCAACAGGAAGUGGUACUAUGGCGGAAGGGGGACAUUGUUCGGAAGAGCAUGUCCCACCAGGCAGCCAUUGCCUCCCAGCGCUUCGAGGGCACAAACUCCCUGGGUGAGAUACGGACCCCUGGCCAGCUGACUGAUGCCAACAGCAGGCAGUAGCCCCCGGGCCCAGGAUCCCAUCACCUGCCCAAUACCCACAGCCUGGGCUAGUUAGGCCCAGGCUUGUAACCCAAAAACAAAUCCUGUUUUUGCCAUCUGUUCCUUCCUCUGGGGAGUGGGAACGGGAGCUGGAACUGACUCACUGGGACAGCCCUGGAGGGAGGUGUGUCCCAGAAGAUGUUCCCAGAGGGUCUACCCGUUGGCUGCUGCCUCCCCACUCUUCUGGCAGAAUAGGCAUCUGUGGCCCCUGAGCUUCGGUGGCAGGAUCAGCUGGCAUCUGUUCCUACCAUCCCCUAGUGGUCACUCCCACCCCCAUCUGCUGUGCCCAAGAAAGUGGCUGACAUCUGGGCCUGCCCCAUCCUGAGAGGCGAUGGAGAACUCGAAGUGCAGAAGCUGGGGAGUUGGAGCACUGUACACCAAGACUCCCAGCAACAGCUCAUCUGGGCUGUGCCUCUGACUGCAGCUUCCUGGCUCCUUCAAGUGCUGUCCUAGAGAUGCCGUGCGAGGGCCUCAGGCCAGCUGUUCUUGGCCCUGUGAGCACGUCCAGGUAGAACCGCCUGGCGACCACCGUGCCAGUCCUGCACUGUGGCUGGUUGGAGGGUGUCAACUCUCCAGCCCUUAGACAAGCUUGGCACAGGCUGGAUUCUCACAGCUUCCCUAUGUCUAUCCUCCCAACCUGUCCACUGAUUCACUGGGGAAUAGAAGCUUGAUCUUAGACUCUGGGCAGUGUCUCCGAGAUAGAGGACAUUCAGGACCUCAAACUUCAUUAAAGGUCUUGCCAAGUCUUGUCCUCACCAGCACCUAACCCUGUCCACAACAGCAGAUAUGGGAACCAGAGACCCACAUGUGCUUGUGGCCAGGAGGGUGGUUCCUGUUGCUGAGCUUACCGCCCAGCAGUCAAGGCACCACAUCCCAUACCACCUCACCUGGGAAGGACCUGGAUCAUUUCCAAGGAUUUAGCAUUCGAUUCAGCUGUCUAGGCUGCCAUUUGGAGAGCAGAGGGUGGGUUUGCAAGAGAAAAAUCACAAAGGCCCAGCCCUGGAUUUUGCUCUCUUGACCCAAGCUCAGGAGCUCCAGCCCCCUGGGUGCUGAACAGGACCCCCCACAGUUGGUCCUGGAAUGAGAGGGUCUGUUUGGGCCUUUAGGCACAUAAGCUGCCCUUCGGGUGCCACCCCUAGUCAUGGUCUCAGCAGAAAGCAGCUGCCAGCAUCUCCCCUCCUCCACCUUCCAGGAAAACUGGAAGGGACACUUGGCUUCAGUCCCUCCUUCCUUCACCCCAUCUCUAUUUCUCAUGCCAGCAGCAGGAGACCAGUGCCCAUUUUAGGACCAGGCCCGGCAGCCGCCCGUUUACAUGUUUCCUAGCGUGUGAUCUUUCCAGUGCUGUAUUUAAGGAAAAACAAAGAACCAUUGUCUCAUUUGUCUGAUUAAAGGAAACUUGUGACUUGGAA